GCUCCUCGUGCUUUCGAAUCACUCUCGCGGUACUUCGCUGUCGAACCGGACACGCCUACUUGCGCAGGUCACGUGACGCGGAGGAUGCGCACGGAAAUUAUCGUCCGGAUAGAAAACGCGCAAGAAAAUGUCUGAGAAGGACUCCGAAACCUUCGACGUGAUGGAGCUGGCCGAGCAUGUCAAGAAGCAGAGGUGGUGGAACAAAAUGUUCGGAAAAAAUAAUUCUGGGCCCGCUGCUGAGAAGUACUCCGUGGCGACGCAGCUGGCCAUCGGAGGAGUGAGCGGCUGGUGCGCAGGGUACUUGUUCCAGAAAGUCGGAAAGCUGGCAGCGUCGGCUGUAGGCGGCGGCUUCUUUCUGCUCCAGAUUGCUCAUCACACAGGCUACAUUAAAGUAGACUGGAAAAGAGUCGAGCAAGACGUGAACAAGGCCAAGAAGCAGCUGAAGCUGAGUUCAGACAAGCCUCCCAAAGAAGUGAGAACCAAGUUUAACGAGGUGCAAGUUUUUGUCAAGAACAACAUUGUUCUCACAGGAGGUUUCGCCGGUGGCUUUCUGCUCGGCCUGGCUUCGUAGGAUCUCUCUCGUUGUUACGUCUUCUACCCCGAGGAUGUCGUCCAGCUUCUGUGUGAUACUGCAGCUUGUAUUUAACUCGGCACUCCUAAACAUUUAAGAAUGUACGCUCCGUUUCUCGGCUGUGCGUUGCUUUAGUAUGCACUUAAAACCCCUGUUACGCUUUUGUUCAUUUGAACGUUUUGCUAUAUUAUUUUGGUACAAACUAUUUUUGACACGAGACUUGAAAAGUCCGCUUGUUUAAACGUGUAAAUAGUUGAAAUCGGCCCUUUGAAAUUCACAUCUCAACUUGAAGUUUGACGUCACGGUGACUGAUCCAAGUGCAUUUAAUUGUUAAAACUGUUUGUAAUAAAUCUGGACGUUACUUUAAAGGCCGAGGGGUCGAUAAAAGUUGUAAUUUUAAUUAAUAAUGACAGAAAUGUUUAAAGUAAAUAGACAAUCAGGUGUUAAACCAU